AUGGCUAACUUCACGACAAGAGCGGACUCGGAUUUGGCAUACGGCUGGGUUGUUCAGCCAGACGGCCGCGGAACAAUCGAUAUCCUCUACAACUGUCUGGUCACAACUUUUUUGUGUAGUUGGUCGGCACUGUUCCUAAAUAUACCAGCGGAGUAUAUAGGACCUCUAGCAUUCGUUGCCCACAAGUUACGAUUCAUGAUCUUCGCUAUAGCAUUCCCAGAAAUGCUUACAGGGAUGGCCGCAGAACAAUGGAGAUCAGCCUGUCAAUCAGUCGAAGAUUUUUCUCAACUUGCAAAGCGCUGGGAGUCGGCCUCGCGACUCUGUCAACCAUUCGGGUCCGAUUCGCAAGCAAAAGAGAAUCUCAAUCGGUUGAAGUGCUCCCCAUGGACAAUGCGGCAUGCUUUCUUUGCAGAUAUGGGUGGCUUCCUGUUAGACUGUCCGGGCUGUCGGCCUUUCCCAAUCGAUGCCCAGCAACUCUUAUACGUGGUAGAGAAUUACUACCUCGAAUACCCCAAUGUCGAGAAGAGGACAAUUGAGGACAGGGACAAGGCUGAUGGUUUUGCUCGAGCCAUUACUUUGACACAAAUCGUUUGGUUCCUUGUGCAAAGUCUUGGUCGCACGGUCCAGCAUCUUGACCUUUCCACGAUUGAGUUGUCGACCUUGGCCUUUAUAUUCUGUACCUUGAAUACGUUCUUUUUCUGGAGACACAAGCCUCUCGAUGUGGUAACACCAAUUGUACUGUCAUGCUCCACCCCUAUAGAAGAAAUAUUAAUCGGAGCUGGCAAGGGACCUCAGAAGCCAUAUUCGCAAACACCAUUAGACUUUGUGAAGCCUCCCGUGAGUCGAAGGAGUCUUUGUGCCCCAUUCUGGUUUGGUAUUAAAACUGUCCUCGACUGGCGCGAAAGGAGCAAUGAUUUGCCGAUCAAGGCUUUCGAGAAUAGCAGGACAAUACCUCCUCGCGGGCUUGCAGCGGCAGACCUGGUGUUUGCAAUUAUCUUUUCAUUUUCAUACUUUGGCAUACAUCUGGCAGGAUGGAACUUUGUCUUUCCAUCAAGGACUGAACAAUUGCUCUGGCGUGUAUCGAGUCUGACACUUCUGGGUCUGUUGGUAAUUUACCUGGCCGCUGUCGUCUUUGGGACGGUGAUGGGCGGUUGGCUCGCGAGGACGUUUUUCGACAACUAUGAGGAGACGACGAUCUUGGGCGUGGGUAGCUUGCUACCAAGAUGGACAGCCAUCUUGUUUCAUGGACCCGUGGUUGCAGCAUACGCUCUUGCACGAAUGUAUAUCAUUGUGGAAGGGUUUGUCAGCCUGCGGAGUUUGUCUUUUACUGCCUUUGCAAGCGUUGACUGGUCGAAAUUGGUUGGAGGGACCUGA